AAUAAACGGUAUUAUCACCGCCGCUCGGUAGUUCAUCCAAAUCUACUGAAGUGCUCGGAAGUGCCUAGCAAGCCAGCAGUAGCCGCCAGCGCUUGGAACCGUCCGUCCGUCCGUAUUGAGCUUGAGGUUAAGAUUGGCCUCUGCAAACCCCAGCUAGUGCUGUGUAGGUGUUCGAUACGUGUGCGCUUGUGAGAGAGUGCUUGUGUGUAUCUGGGUGUGAGUGAGGAUUACCAACAUUGAUUAGCUCCAGGAGGGGUCCACAUCGCCACCGGCGGCGUCCAUCAAUCUGAUCGUCAUUCAAUCGCUGAUCUCACCAUGAACAGGAUGCGCUGCACCGUGGUCAUACUAACGGCCGUCACCGCCAGCAUCUACGCACAGAGCUACAAGUGUCCGGUGAAGGACGGCCAGUACGAGGACUCGUUACAGUGCGACAAGUAUUACGAGUGCGUCGAUGGCCGGGCCACGGAGAAGCUCUGCCCGGACGGGCUUGUCUUCGAUCCGACCAUUCGGAAGAUCAACAAGUGCGACCAACCGUUCAACGUCGACUGUGGUGACCGGCUGGAGCUGCAACCACCGCGCGGUAACAACCUGUGCCCGCGGCGAAACGGGUUCUUCGCCCAUCCGGACCAGGCCGUCUGCAAUGUGUUCUACAACUGCAUCGAGGGCGACGCGACCGAGAUCACCUGCACGGCGGGGCUGCACUUCGACGAGUACACCGGGACCUGCGUCUGGCCGAACGAUGCGGGCCGUCAGGGGUGCAACCCGGGAGCGAACAAGAAGCUGAAGGAUGGGUUCACCUGCCCGAAGGAGCAGAAGACGGACGAGGCCGGCCAGGCCGUGGCGCACCCGAAGUACGCCCAUCCGACCGACUGCCAGCGGUUCUACGUCUGCCUGAACGGUGUCGAGCCGCGCGACCUUGGCUGCCAGGUCGGCGAGGUGUACAACGAAGAAACGGAACGGUGCGACGCCCCGGAGAACGUUCCCGGAUGCGAAGACUGGUACAAGGAGAGCGAGGAAAAGAAGAACUGAACCGCGCCUGUCGCGCCGGCUUGGGUGCGUGGUCCCAACCUCUCCCCAGCUCCACGCUUCGGCCACACUAUAAAGACUCAGUUCGCUUUCUGCGUGAAAUUUCACGUAUAAUUUCUAUAUCUGCUGUUACCUCUUACCGAGCACAUCAUACCGUGUAGCAGUGGA